GGUCCUCGCUGGUUUAAGAGUGGGUGGGAGCGGCUUUUGAGUGUAAAUUGAGAGUUGUGCGUGUGUGUGUGUUGGCCCCCCCAGCCCCCGCGUUCAUGUGUGUGUGCAGGAGGGAAGGAUCACUGAAGUCUGAGGACGUGUUUGCUCAGUAAUCUCCGGCUCAACCUGUCGGAUAGGUGUGGGCUGGCAUUGACGGCACAGGUAUGAAGAGCGAUCCAGCGCAGACGUGAGCGAGGAGGAAGACGAGAGUAAGACACUUGAAUAUUCUUCACUUGGGGACCAAAGUCAGCUGGAGAUCCUUGCAAGGUGGAAUGGCUGUUCUGAAAGGACAAAGUCUCAUUGGAACUCUUCGUAACGUCAAAUAACCUGGAGGACAUUCUUCUGCUGCUCAACAAAUGUCGGAUUCUCAUGUUGCAUUUUAAGACCUGGGAUGUUCAAGAUGCUGCUGUUUUUCUCAGCAUCUUUUUAUUCAUGUGUCACCUCGCCGCAGCCAUCACCAUCCAGUCCCCACAGAGGAGCCUGACCAGGUCUGUCCAGGAGGAUGUCUUCUUCUCAGCCGACAUCACCUGCGACGGGAUCCCCACCAUACAGUGGACCUUUAUGUCAGGAGCGGUGAGCCGAAGCAUCGGCACGUGGCUGCCGGGCGGCGCCACCAACAUCACGGAUGACUACAGCAGCCGGGUCAAGGCCUACUCGAACGGGUCCAUGGGCUUGUCGGACCUGAGGCUGCAGGACACAGGUUUCUACGUCAUCACCGUCACAGAUGUCUCAGGGAGCAGCAAAGACACUGGAUUUGUGCUCAAAGUCAACGAGGUUCUGUAUGAGGACUUCCAGUACUUGGCCGUGUCGGCGUUGGCGCUGGCCGCUGUGGCUGGACUUCUCAUGCUGACUGUGUGGCUGAUUGAAAAAUUAUACCGGAAGAUUUUAGCGUGGAGGAAGAGGAAGAAGAUGCCAGAGAACGACGCGACGGAGCUGCAGCCGCUCUGACGUCGGCACGUCCUGACCGGACUCCUGAGACUAAUCUGGUCGACCUUUUGUGGAGAACAAAAGGAGCGAUACGUACUGGUUCUUCAUCACCUCACUGCAACUGGAUCAUUUGUAAAUAUCAGGCUCAUCAAUACAUAUUUAUUGCUCAACCGUGUCACCUGUGUUCUGAAUUUAUUUCACAUUCAUUCUUUUGUUUUUGAAAGUCUUCAAAAUACAUUUACUGUUCUGAGUCUAGUUAUUUGCUGUUUGCCCAGAAACAGACUGGGUCCUGGAAAUGAUGCCUUCAGGGUCAAACAAACAAAGAACUUGUUCACACUGUUGUACUUCCAAGAAUAGGUUCAUGAGCUCCCAACCUCUGUGGUUCACUGUGAACGGCACAAUGAGGUCAAACUGACCCACAUGCUGAUCUCAGA